GACAUAGAUGUUUUUUUGCAUUACUUUGAUUAAAAAUGGGGGAUAAAAACGAAACUGUGUUAUAUUCACAAUUACAACCAUGGAGCACUGUAGCGGCAACACCGUGCAUGGAACAAGUAGCAGGGCCCCCCAUACCUACCAGAAUUGGCACUUAUUACCAAACUCCUAGACCACAUCCAUGGCGACCAACUUUAGGCUACGAAAACAUCGAAGUUACACCGCUUCCAAAACAGCCUGUAACAAACGCCAUGAUCGAUCCUUGUUACACUCCGUACGGCAUGGCAACAGAGCCUCUGAGGUACCCGAAUCUAGUGACCGGGUUCGAGAGAAACCCCGCCCAUGCUGCCCGUGCUGCCCUCUAUACGCGGUACACGCCAAUUGAGUGGACACAGGGCAAUCUGAGGCACUAUAAUGAAGCAGAUACGAAUAGAAAUUACUCUGAAAGGUUGCGCGGCGAUUUUAUUAGAGUUAUGAGGGAAACUGAUGAGAAAACGAACCAGGGUCAGAGGGAGUCGGGUAGAAAGUUGGGAGAACGCAUUACAGACACGACAUUUUGGAGGAACGAGGUGAGAAAUGAGUUGGAGAGAAUUUUGGCCGAGUCGACUUUGUUAUCUGACAUGCGCAGAAACAUUCACAAGGCCAUAGACGAUAUAGAGGCGCCACUACAUAUCGCACAAGAGUGCUUGUAUCACAGGGAAAAUAGAGGGGGCAUCGAUUUGGUUCACGACCAGGCCGAGGUGGCGCUGCUAAAAGAAAUCGAAAUCUACAGGAACGCGCAAGAAAAACUGCGCUGCCUGUUCGUAAAAAUCCAGGACCAACUGCGUAACAACAGGGCGGCGCAAUUCGAGUUAGAAACGGACGUCAAAAGCAAAGAAGCGGCUCUCGGCAUAGACAACAUGUGCCACCAACUGAACAACUACUCCAAAGGCAUCAACUACUACGGCGGCAUCGAAAAAUACGACCCGGCGGUGAGCAACACGACGACGUGGGCAGAGAACAGCAACCGCAUAGUGCAGAGGUCGCAAUCGGAGCGCGGAAAGUCCUCCCAGAUGAGAUCGGACAUCGAAAAUUUGGUGAACGAAGUUUCCACGGGCAUCUGGGACGCGUGGAGCAACACGAACAACGCUCUAGCCAGAAGAGCCGGCGAGACUCUGGAAGCCAAGAGCAAGCUGCAGAUGCACCUGCACAAGAUACAGCAGGAAAUUUUCGACGUCGAGAAGAACAUCGAGCUGCUGAAGAAGGGCAUCAUGGACAAGAGUAACCCGAUGAAGGUCGCGCACACCCGCUUGGAGGCUAGGGUUCAUAGGAAGGAUGUGGAGCUGUGCAGGGAUACUGCGCAAGACAGGUUGGUGCAAGAAGUAGUGGACUUGCAAGAUUGCAUAGAGAACUUGCAUAGAAAAUUGCAGGAGGCAGAGGCCCAGCACCAGCAAUUAUUGAAGACCAGGGCAAAUUUGGAGUCUGAUUUGCACAAUAAAGUCAACACUAUCUUUAUUGACAGAGAAAAAUGCAUGGGAAUGAGACGAUCGUUCCCCAUAACAACCACAAUCAAGUAUUAAAAAUUAAAAAUAAUGACAAUAAUAA